UACAUAUACAUGUAAUUUUGCGUUUUAAAUGGUAAUGCAAGUGAUUUUAUGUCAUCCUUUUUUAUUUUAUUUUCUUUUUUUGUUAGUUUUUCAAUAAAAAUAUUUCAUAACAAUCGGUCAUAGGAUUCAUGGUUAUUUCGCAACUUAGAGAAAUACGGCAGAUCGCACGUAUAAGAAGCUCUCGUACUCCUACAUGUCCAAUGAAUCUCUGGUCCAAAAUGGCAUCAAAUAAUUCUAAAAGCACGUUUGGGCUAGAAACAGAAAAAUAUCAGGAACAAUUAAAGCGAUGGCCCAAAGAGGGAAGACAUAUUCUUGCUCAGUACGACGACAACACGAUCAUAGUCUACCAGGCAUUUCGCAAAGAAAUAGCUGAAUAUGCGGAUAAAAACGGAAAAUUCGGUGGCCCUCUAUACAGCUUUAACAGAAUGACUUGGAUUAAAACAAACUUUCUGUGGAUGAUGUAUAGGUCUGGAUGGGCCGAAAAAUCUAAUCAGGAUCGAAUCCUUGCCAUUCGAUUGACUAUUGAUGGUUUUUUGGAAAUUCUACGGGUCUCGCAAGAUGCCAGUAAGGAUGCAUACGGCCCAGGGGGUCCACAAGUUGGUUUUGGGGACGGGGGUGUUCGAUUGCAGUGGGAUCCCGAUCACACACCACACGGCAAUAAAUGCACAAGACGGGCAGUACAGCUUGGACUAAAAGGAGAAAUUCUAGAAAAAUUCAACGAGCAAUGGAUCCGCAAUAUUUACGAUAUUACUGACUUUGUUAAGGAACAGAGACAGUUUGUGCUGAAGAACGAUUUGGACUCAUUAAUGACCCCUCGUGAAACGGUAUUCGUGCCAAAUAAUCCAAAUCUAUGCCGUCACAUACGUUUAGAUGUGGAUAACACAGAAGACAAGUCUGAGGAACCAACAUAGAAUUUUUUGCAUUAUUACAAGUGAAAAUGAGGAAACAAGGGAAUUGUUUACCGUUUCCUGAAAAUCCUCUCGACUGUAGACAGCCAUCAUUCUAAAAUGCUCGCAUCCUUGUCAGUGCUCAUUGACGGAUGUUGAAGCAUUCUAUUGUAAAGUUUGUGCUCUAGGAAAAUUAUUGCGGUACACACCACUCCUUACUUGCUCCUUUGUGCCUGAAUGUAGCUCAGUCAGGUUUUGUCAAGUUCUGUGUAAAGAUCGCAACUACUAACAUUAUAUCUGUAGUUAAGUCCCAUACUAGUCAUACAGAAUGAAUAAAACAAUUUUAUUUA